AGCGUGAUCCUACCUUCAUCUGCCCCAGGAGAUCUCAAGAACAACAAUGUCUUGGUGGUGGAAUCAACCCCAGAGGGAAAGACUGAGCAGGGAGAAGUGCUGAGAGAGGAGGAGGUCCUACUCUCAUCCACAGACUUCAGCAAGGAACUGGAAAACCCAGAGGAGUCGGAGUCCCAUGACUCCUGGACCACCCAAAUGAGUAAAAAGGAGAAGAGGAGGAAGAGGCAGGGCAGCAUUUCUUCCUCAGAGGCACCUUCCUCUGGCCUCUGGAGUCUGGACAUGCCUUCAAGCCCUGGAUCCCACGACUCAGCCUUGCCCCAGAACCAAGCCCAGCAGGAUGGUGCGGCCAGCCAGCCUGGGCAUUCCCUGGACCCAGAGAAUGUGCCAAUGGAGAAAGAUGGCUCUGUGCAUGCCGAGGGCAGUGACAGCCCUCAGCAGGGUCAGGUUGCAGAAGGCACAGAUGCUCAGAGCAACCUUGUUCCCAGUAACCACACAGAAGUGAAGGACCUCAAUAUCUCUAAGCCAUCAGUGGACAAGGGCCUGGGCCUAGAAGGGGGCCCAGCCCUUUCAGCCUUCGGAGGCCUCCCUAAGAUGACUGAUGCUUCCCAGAAGGCCCCAUUACCUGAGUCUAAGGGGGAGACAUGUGGACAAGAGGAGAAAGUGCUGCCAAUUGAUGCUGCAGGCAAUCCGGUGAAGAAAGCUGGGAAAGAAACAAGAGACGAUGUUCAGAAACAAAAAACAUCACCUGUGAGCACUGCUGCCUCUAAGGAUGGAGACCAGGAAGCUGAACUCAAGGGCAGGUUGGCCACCCCUGUCAGGAAGAGUAGUGAAAGUGGGAACGCCCAGCCAGAAGAUCAGAAGAAGCCAGGAGAGAACAGAAAUUAUGCAGCAGCCACGAAAAACAAGAACCAGCAGUCUGCUGCACCAGAGGCUCCAGGUGCACUUAACCCAUGGGAUAAAGUCACUGUGCACUUCCACGCUAUUGUUUCCCAUCACUUUGGAUUCAAUCCAAACGAGCACAGAGUGUGUGUCAGAGGGGGAGACGGACUCGGGCAGAAAGGCUGGACUGAUGCUUGCAAGAUGUACUACACCCAAGACCUGGAUGACCUCGGUUCUCUCAUCGAGGGCAAAAUGGACAUUCCCAGACAGAACCUGGACAAACCCAUCCCUUAUAAGUAUGUCAUUCACCGUGGUGGCAGUGGCAAGGAUACCGUGGAAUAUGAGUUCAUCUAUGAACUGCCACAGAAGAAAGGAGAACAUGUGAACCGUUGUCUGCAGGUUGCCUCUGCUCUCUUGGGCAGAGGAGACUGGCAUCAGUACGAUGACAUAAUCUACAUGAAGUCUCCUGGGUGGUUCCAGCAAGCCAAGAACCGCAUCACUGAUGGCACUAGAAAGGAACUGGUGAGAGGAAAGAAGCAGGCUGCUGUGGUCAUGCUGGACCGCAUCUUCAGUGUGCUCCAGCCAUGGAGUGCCACCAACCUGCAGAGCUUCAUGGCUCAGUUCCGGCAGUUCUACUCUGUGGUCGGAGAGCCCAAGAUUCACGAGGGCUGUGCAAGAAAUUGGUCCAGUCUGCAAUAUGAGGAGAAAGAGGUGAGGAUGAACCUGUGGGAGCACGUGAAAAAACAUAUGGUCCUGGAAGGAAAAAGUUGGGAGUCUCUGCCUGCCAACUGCCCUGUGAGGAGUAAGCUGACGUUGGGCCUGAGCAUCCUUUUCAUGGUGGAACAAGUUGACUUUACUGUAUCCAAAAAGGACCUGGACUGUCUGUGCUCUCUCCUCAUUCCGAGUGCUGGCUCACCAGAAGCCCUCCAUAGCGACCUGGGCCCUGUCCUCAGCAUGCCUCAAAAAUGGUGUGCAUACUUGACAAACCUAUGCCAUAGGUGCAUAGACAAGAGGUGUGACCGCUGGCUGGGUAUCUUACCUCUCCUGCACCACUGCAUGCAGCAGUCUCCACCCAGAAAGAACUCCAAGAGCCAGCCCGAGGACACCUGGGCAGGCCUUGAAGGCAUCCCCUUCUCAGAGUUUCGGGACAAAGCACCUACUGGGAGCCAGGCUCUCCAGUUCAUGCAGAAUAAGAUGGCCCUGCUGCAUGUGGAUGAGUACCUCUUCCGCUCCUGGUUCAGCUUGGUCCCCCUUGAAAGCUUAAGUUCCUACAUGGAGAACUCUGCAGAAUACCUGAGUCACGUGCCCACUCGGGUCCUGGACUGUUUUCAAGGGAUUUCAUACCGCCUUCAAGGACUCGGGAGGAUCUCACACCAAAAUAUGAAGGAUGUCAAGAAGGUCUUUAAAAUGCUGAUACAACAUAUGGAAAUGUAUCAGGACAGAAUCUUUGGGGAGAGCCUGCCACAGAUAUACUUGACUGAGUGUUUGACCCUCCAUGAAACUGUCUGUAAGAUCACAGCUGACCAACAGUUCUACGAGAUUCCUGCCCUGUCUGCCGAGCUCAUCUGUGAAAUGCUUACACUCAGCUCUUCAGAGCAUACUGAUGAGGGGCAGGCUGCAAAACCUUAUGAAGAGCUGGUGACAACCACCUUCCAGGACGCCCUGGACACCACAAGAAAGUGGCUGCGCAACGUGUUUACAAGCCGCAUGUUCUCCUGCAGCUCAGUCACCGUCCGACUUACCUAUCCUAAUGAGAUGGCGGUAUGGCGAAGGCUAGUGGAGAUUGACUUCCCAGAGAAGUAUGGCUGGAAGGUGUCCCUACUGGCAGACAUGGAAGGGAGGCUCAAGCAGGAACCUCCCCGUUUGCAGAUCUCCUUCUUCUGCAGCAGUCAUGAUGGUGGACUCCGUGACAGUGUGGCGAGGAGCUUUGAGAAGUGCGUCAUCGAGGCUGUCAGCUCUGCCUGCCAGUCUCAGACCAGUGUCCUUGAGGGCAUCUCCUGUCAAGAUUUGCGGAAAUUUGGUACCCUCUUGUCUGCUGUGAUAACUAAGUCAUGGCCUGUGCACAACGGGGAGGCCGUGUUUGAUGUGGAUGAGAUCUUCAAAUAUCUGCUCAAGUGUCCAGAUGUGAGGCAUCUCUUCAAACUGUGUGGAACCAAUGAGCACAUCAUAGACAACAUCACGGAGGAAGGCAGGCAGCUGAUGGCCACUGCUGAGUCUGUGUUCCAGAAGGUUGCAGGGGAACUUGAAAAUGGCACCAUUCUGGUUGGACAGCUGGAGUUGAUCCUUGAGUACAAGGGUCAGUUUCUUGACAUCUGGAACUUAAAUAGAAAGAGGCUGCCAUUCCAAGAGAAGGCCUGUGACAUGAAGGACUUGCUGGAAAGGAGAAAGGAUGACCUGCGGUUCCUCAAGCGAGAGAAGAGAUACGUGGAGAGCCUCCUGAUGCAGCUUGGAAGAGUGAAACACCUCGUGCAAGUUGAUUUUGGAAACAUUGAAACAAUCCACUCUCAAGACCUCAGCAAUAAGAAACUAAAUGAAGCCCUGAUUAAGCUUCCCAAUUCCUCAUCCUCCAAAAGGAAGACACAUUACUGCCUGAACUCUGAUAUCCGAAAAAUGGCAAGGAAGCUAGACUCCCUGAAAGACAGCCAUAUCUUCCAGAACUUCUGGCAUGAGACAGCGGAGUUGUUGAAUACUCUGGAUAAAGACCCCAGAGAGUUGAAGUUUUUGCUUCCAGAAGUCUUGGAAAACCUGUACAAACCUUGUUAUGACAAAUUCUACAAGCUCUAUGAGAAUCUGAAGUCAGGAAAGAUCACCUUUGCUGAAGUUGAUGUCAUCUUCAGAGACUUUAAAGAUAAAUAUGAUGAACUUGAUGUCGAUCUUAAAUUCAUGUGCACUAUGAACCCUCAGGACAAAAAAGGUUGGAUUCCCGAGCGUGUUGGGCAGAUCAAAGAAUAUCACACCCUGCACCAAGCUGUCAGCUCUGCCAAGGUCAUCUGGCAGGUCCGAAGAGCUCUGGGUGUGACCGGUGACUUCAGUGUUCUUAACCCAUUGUUAAACUUUGCGGAUUCCUUUGAGGACUUUCGUAAUGGGAAACUGGACCAGAUCAGCCCACAGUUCAUCAAGGCCAAAAGGCUGCUUGAAGACAUCAGUGAGGCUCGCCACCACUGCUUGAAGGAACUCACCCUGCACAUGGAGCUUGUCACCUGGCUGCAUGAGGCCAUGGAAGACCUCAGUGAACUCAAGGUGUUCGUGGACCUGGCCUCCAUCUCAGCGGGAGAGAAUGACAUUGAUGUGGACCGGGUAGCCUGUUUCCACGAUGCCGUGCAGGGCUAUGCUUCUCUGCUGUACAAGAUGGAUGCAAACACAGACUUCAACGAGUUCAUGAAUCGUCUGCAGGAACUCUGGAGGGCCCUGGACAAUGACCAGCACCUGCCUGAUAAACUGAAAGAUUCUGCCAGAAAUUUGGAGUGGCUGAAGACAGUGAAGGAAAGCCAUGGAUCUGUGGAGCUCUCUUCUCUGUCCCUGGCCACAGCAAUCAACAACAGGGGCAUCUACGUUAUUGAGGCACCCACAGAUGGCCAGAAGAUCUCCCCAGACACUGUUCUCCACCUCCUCCUCCCUGAUCACCACGGUUACCAGGAGGCAUUGCGCAAGUACUCCACAGAGGAGCUGAAGGAGCUUUUAAACAAGCUGAUGCUGAUGUCUGGAAAGAAAGAGCACAGCAGCAAUGCAGAAGUGGAGAAGUUUGCAGAGGUCUUCAGCAACAUGCAGAGGCUUGUACAUGUCUUCAUAAACCUGCACUGUGCGGGCAACAUGCUGUUCCGAACUUGGACUGCUAAGGUCUACUGUUGCCCCGGUCGGGGCAUCUCCAUGGACUUUGGCUUGGAGCUGCUGAGCCAGCUGACAGAGAGUGGAGAUGUCAUUCAGCUCCUGGGAGCCCUCUGCAGGCAGAUGGAGAAUUUCCUAGAUGACUGGAAAACAGUGGUCAGCCAGAAGAGAGCUAAACACUUUUACCUCAACUUCUACACAGCUGAGCAGCUGGUCUACCUAAGCAGCGAGCUCAGGAAACCCAGACCUAGUGAAGCUGCCCUCAUGAUGCUGUCCUUCAUUAAAGAUAAAUGCACUGUCCAGGACCUCACACAAGCUACCAGCGCCCGUGAAAGCAAGGCUGCCAGACACGGCCUGCGGGAGGCUAUGAAAAGGCUGCCUCAGCAGCUGCUUUCGGAGUCCAGCCUGAUGGGGAAGCUUCAGGUCAUCAUGGCGCAGUCCCUAGAGUGCAUGAGUGCCUUCCUGCCAAGCUGUCUGGACCUGGAUGCCCUGGGUAGAUGCCUGGCUCAUCUGGCCACGCUGGGUGGCUCUCCUGUGGAGCGGCUCCUCCCCAAAGGCCUGCAGGUUGGCCAGCCUAACCUCAUCUUGUGUGGCCACUCUGAGGUGUUGCCGGCUGCACUGGCCAUCUACAUGCAGGCCCCUAGGGAGCCCCUGCCCACCUUUGAUGAGGUGUUGCUCUGCACCCCAGGGACCACGAUCGAGGAGGUGGAACUACUCCUGCGACGUUGCCUUACUUUGGGCUCCCAGGGGCAUAAAGUCUAUAGUCUGCUGUUCGCAGACCAGCUGAGCUAUGAAGUGGGGUGCCAGGCAGAGGAGAUCUUCCAGAGUCUGUGCGCACAGUCGCACCGUGAAGACUACCAGUUGGUGAUUCUCUGUGAUGCUGCCCGGGAGCACUGCUACAUCCCCUCCACCUUCAGCCAGCACAAAGUCCCCCUGGUGCCCCAGGCCCCACUGCCGCACAUCCAAGCCUACCUGGAGAACCAUUAUCAGGUCCCCAAGCAGAUCCUGUCAGCAGCAAAUGUAUUCAGAGAUGGGCUGUGUGUUGGAAUCGUGACCUCUGAAAGAGCUGGUGUUGGAAAGUCUCUCUAUGUGAGCACAUUGCACAAAAACCUGAAAAGGAAGCUACAUGAUGACACGGUACCUUUAAAAAUUAUUCGGCUGACAGAGCCUCACAUAGAUGAGAACCGCGUCCUGAGCGCCCUCCUGCCAUUCCUGGAGGAGAACUAUCAGAAGAUGCCGGUUAUAUUCCACAUUGAUGUGAGCACUUCAGUCCAGACUGGAAUUCCCAUCUUUCUUUUCAAACUCCUAAUUCUGCAGUACCUAAUGGAUAUCAAUGGAAAAAUGUGGCGCCGGAACCCGUGCCAUUUAUACCUUGUUGAAAUCCCACAAGGGCUCUCAGUACAGCCAAAGAGGUCUUCUACACUGAACGGACGUGUACCCCUGUUCCAGUUUCUUGAUAUCUUCCCCAAAGUCACCUGCCGUCCUCCCAAGGAAGUGAUAGACAUGGAGCUGACUCCUGAGAGGAGCCACACAGAACCUGCAAUGGACCCAAUGGAGUUCUGCAGUGAAGCUUUCCAAAGACCUUACCAGUAUUUAAAGCGUUUCCAUCAAAAGCAAAACCUGGACAUGUUUCAGUAUGAAAAAGACUCUGUGGAAGGCUCUCCUGAGGAGUGCCUGCAGCACUUCCUGAUUUACUGUGGCCUGAUAAACCCUUCCUGGUCAGAGCUUCGGAACUUUGCUUGGUUUCUGAACUGUCAGCUCAAAGACUGUGAGGCGUCUGUCUUCUGCAAUUCAGCUUUUACUGGAGACACACUUCGGGGCUUCAAGAACUUUGUGGUGACCUUCAUGAUCUUAAUGGCUAGGGAUUUUGCCACUCCGACUCUUCACACUUCAGACCAAAGCCCAGGUCAGCAGUCGGUCACCAUUGACAAAGUUGCUGAAGAAGACCUAGCUCCCUUCUCUCUUCGAAAGAGGUGGGAGUCAGAGCCCCACCCAUAUGUCUUCUUCAAUGGUGACCACAUGACCAUGACAUUCAUAGGUUUCCAUUUGAACCCUAAUAACAAUGGCUAUGUUGAUGCAAUCAACCCCUCAAGUGGGAAGGUCAUCAAAAAGGAUGUCAUGUCCAAAGAGCUGUUUGAGGGGCUGAGGCAUCAGAGAGUGCCCUUCAACAUUGACUUUGAUAACUUGCCCAGACAUGAGAAGCUUGAAAGACUCUGCCUGGCACUAGGUAUUGAGUGGCCUAGUGAUCCCGAUGAAGCAUAUGAACUUACCACAGACAAUAUGCUUAAGAUCCUGGCCAUUGAAAUGCGGUUCCGGUGUGGGAUCCCAGUUAUCAUCAUGGGAGAGACAGGCUGUGGGAAGACCAGGCUCAUCAAAUUUCUUAGCGAUCUCAGGCGUGGUAGUGUUGAGGCAGAAACUAUGAAGUUGAUGAAGGUCCAUGGAGGGACAACACCAUCUAUGAUCUACUCCAAGGUCAAGGAUGCUGAGAGAGAAGCCUUCUUCAAUAAGGCCCAACACAAGCUGGAUACCAUCUUGUUCUUUGAUGAAGCCAACACAACAGAAGCUGUAAGCUGUAUCAAAGAGGUCUUGUGUGAUCGAACAGUGGAUGGCGAGCACCUCAAUGAGGACUCUGGCCUGCAUAUCAUUGCUGCCUGCAACCCUUACCGGAAACACUCCCAGGAGAUGAUCCUCCGCCUGGAGUCAGCAGGUUUGGGAUACAGAGUGAGUGCAGAGGAGACUGCAGACAGGCUGGGCUCCAUCCCCCUGCGGCAGCUGGUAUAUCGUGUCCAUGCUCUGCCUCCAAGCCUCAUUCCUUUGGUAUGGGACUUUGGACAGCUGAAUGACUCUGCGGAAAAGCUCUACAUCCAGCAGAUCGUACAGAGACUGGUGGACUCCGUCACGGUGAAUGAAAGUGAGACUUGCGUGAUUGCAGAUGUACUCUCCGCCUCUCAGAGGUUCAUGAGGAAGAGGGAGAAUGAAUGUGGUUUCGUUAGCCUCCGGGAUGUGGAACGCUGUGUGAAAGUGUUCCGGUGGUUUCAUGACCACAGUGAUAUGCUCUUAGACAAGCUGGACGACUUUCUCCAUAAAUCCAGUGACAGCACACAUACUUUCAAGAGAGACCCUGUUCUCUGGUCCCUUGUGAUGGCCAUUGGGGUAUGCUACCAUGCAUCUUUAGAAGAGAAGGCAUCCUACCGGACAGCCAUUGCCAGGUGCUUUCCCAAACCAUACAAUGACAGCAAGGUCAUCCUUGAUGAGAUCACGCAUGUACAGGAUCUUUUUCUGAGUGGGGCACCCAUAAGGAACAACAUAGCCAGGAACUUGGCUUUGAAGGAGAAUGUCUUCAUGAUGGUAAUCUGUAUUGAGCUUAAGAUUCCCCUUUUCCUAGUGGGGAAGCCCGGCAGCUCCAAAUCCCUUGCUAAGAUCAUUGUGGCAGAUGCCAUGCAGGGACAGGCUGCCUUCUCUGAUCUCUUUCGCUGCCUGAAACAGGUCCACCUGGUGUCAUUCCAGUGCAGUCCCCAUUCCACCCCCCAAGGUAUCAUCAGCACCUUUAAGCAGUGUGCUCGAUUCCAGCAGGGGAAGGACCUGGAGCAGUAUGUCUCAGUGGUGGUGCUGGAUGAGGUUGGGCUGGCUGAAGACUCACCCAAAAUGCCCCUGAAGACUCUGCACCCCCUGCUGGAAGAUGGGUGCAUUGAAGAUGAUCCUGCCCCAUACAAAAAAGUUGGCUUUGUUGGCAUUUCCAACUGGGCUCUAGAUCCUGCCAAGAUGAACCGAGGCAUCUUUGUG